AUGCAGGCAGCCCACACCACCCCCCGCGGGGCGUGCGUGGUCGCUCCUGCCCGUUUUCCAGCGCGCCAACGCGCUCCUAAGAUCUAUGUCGGGGCAGUUCCAUUGAAUUCAAGGCCGUGCUCGCCCGUAUUUCGAGGGCCGCCGUGGCACAAGCCGAGUCAGCGCUCGCGCCCCCUGCGGGCCAGCGCGGGCAACGCCGGCGAGGACCAGCGGCCCCUGCUGCAACAAAUGCUCGCAGUGGCCCCGCUGUGCCUGUGCGGGCCCAUCAUCGAGCCAGCCAUGGCCCUCAUCGAGUCGUUGAUUUUGGGCCAGUUCGCCCCUGCUGCGGACCUCGCCAGCGUGGCCCCGUGCACCGGCAUUCUUUCGUUCUUCACCUACGGCUUCCAGAGCAUCCAGGUCACGGCGCUCGCGCGGCUCGGGGUGGACCUGGCCAACGGCGACAUGGACGCGGCCCAAACGACCUUCUCCACCGUCGUGGCCGCCGCGCUGGCGUGCGGCGCCGUGAUCGCGCUCGGACUGAACGUCGCGGGCAAGCAAGUGCUCUCAGGCAUGAUCUCGAGCCCGGAGGUCGUCACGCUCGCCAUGACGUACCUCGGCACGCGCGCGCUCGCGCAGCCCGCCACGCUCGCCAACAUGGUGUGCCUCGCGGCGCUCCUGGCCGAGCGCCAGACCAAGCCCGUGCUGGUCUGCACCGUCGCGCUCCUCACGCUCGCGACGGCGCUGAUGUACGUCACCGUCGGGGUCGCGGGCCUCGGCGUCCGCGGCGCGGGCAUCUCGACCGCGCUGUCGCAGUGGGCCCUGCUGGGGAUGUUUGUCGUUGCCAUGCGGUUGUACGCCAAAAAGGAGGGGGGACUCUCGCCGACGCUGCGGUUCGCGACGCUCGAGCGCUUCCGGACGCUCGCAGGGUCGCUCGGGUUCCUCUCCGGCGGGUACAUUCUCAAGAACGGGACGUACCUCGUCAUCCACGCGUUCGCGUCCGCGCUCCCCGCGCUCCACCUCGCCGCCCACCAGGCCGUCUUCGCGGCGUGGAACUUCUGUGCGUUCUGCAACGGCCCCGUCGAACAGAUGGCGCUCGCGUUCUGGCCGCGCGCGGCCGCGCACGCCCGGGCGACCGCGCGCGCGGGCGAGGUCGGCGGCGACCGCGAGCUGCAGGACAUCGCCGUGAUCACCGGCGUGGCGGCCGUGCUGGUGUCGAACGCGCUGGCGGCGGGGAUCGCGGUCGUGAUGACGAGCGCGCCCGCGUCGCUCACGUCGAACGCGGCGAUGUGGCCGCUGAUUCAGUCCUGCGCGCUGUUCGCGUUCGGGAGCCUGGCGUUCGCAGGCAUCGAGCUGCCGGCGACGGCGGCAAUGCUGGCCGACGGGCACGGCGCGCAGUACAUGACGAUGCACGCGCUGGUGCUCGCGGGCGUCAUCGGGACGCUCGCGGCCGGGGCGAACCUGGGGUGGGGGUUGCAGGGCAUCUGGGCGGCCGUGAUGGCCUUCUAUUUCUUCCGCGCGGUGAUAUCUAUCGCCCUAUUGCUGGGGCGCCGGUCGCCGCACUGGCUGCUGGUGCUGCUCGAGCGGCGAGGCGCGCGGCGGCGGCUGGGUAGCGGCGGAGAUGCCGCGAGAUUGUGA